AUGUCAAUCUGGACAAGGUUCCAUUCCACUGGUCCUGCCAUACUUACUACCGCGUGGAUCGAUGGUCUGUGCAAACGAGGCUAUGUCAAGCAGGCGUUCCAUGUGCUGGAGGAGAUGGUUGCGAAAGGGUUGAAGCCGAAUGUGUACAUGCAUACGUCGCUCAUCGAUGGGCUGUGUAAGAUUGGGUGGAUGGAGCGGGCAUUCCGGCUGUUCUUGAAGCUUGUUAAGAGUAGCUCGUACAAGCCGAACGUGCAAACGUACACUGUGAUGAUUGGUGGGUACUGCAAAGAGGGGAAGAUUGCUCGAGCUGAGAUGCUGUUGGGUAGGAUGGUUGAGCAGGGACUCGCCCCGAACACAAACACAUACACUACACUGAUCGAUGGGCACUGCAGAGGGGGCAGCUUCGAUCGUGCCUUUGAGCUGAUGAACAAGAUGAAGCUGGAAGGUUUCCUGCCCAACAUUUACACAUAUAAUGCCAUUAUUGGGGGAUUUUGCAAGAAGGGAAAGAUUCAAAAGGCUUACAAGGGCCACAUAGCUUAUGCUCUGGAUUUGUUCAACCAGAUGGCAGAGAACAGUUGCCAUCCUGAUAUAGACACAUAUACCACCAUCAUUGCUAUGUAUUGUCAGCAGAGGCAAAUGGAACAAAGUCAGCAGCUCUUUGACAAAUGUCUUUCCGUAGGAUUAGUGCCAACUAAGCAAACUUAUACCUCGAUGAUUGCAGGAUACUGUAGAGUUGGCAAAUCGACCUCAGCUCUCAAGGUCUUUGAGAGGAUGGUUCAACAUGGAUGCCUUCCUGACUCUAUAACUUAUGGGGCACUAAUAAGUGGGUUAUGCAAGGAAUCAAGACUAGAGGAAGCAAGGGCAUUAUUUGAGACCGUGCUUGAUAAGCAUUUGGUGCCAUGCGAUGUAACUUGUGUCACUUUAGCUUAUGAAUACUGCAAGAGGGAUAAGACAACCAUUGCUGUAUCAUUCUUGAGAAUUCCCGCCGAGGGCAACCUCACUGUCGAAUCUGAGUUCAGCAUUUUGGCAAACAUACUCAUUUCCCCUCCACCUUCUGUGGGCACUGACCACCCUGAGCUUACCUAA